AUGUUUGUUCAAAAUUUAAAACCUGAAAGGGGAGGCAAAUUUUAUCUUGUGGAUAGUGGCUAUUCAAACCGCAUAGGUUACCUAGCACCAUUCAAAGGCAGCCGUUACCACCAACAAUUCCGCGUUAUUGAAAGGCGUAGAACAACAACCAACCUUAGGGAAUUAUUUAACAAAGUUCACGCGUCGUUACGGAGUGUGGUGGAGCGCAAUUUUAGUGCAUGGAAAAAUCGAUGGGAGUUUAUUCAAAAUAUUCCCCGGUAUGAUUUUGCAAAUGUGCAAGUUCAGUUGGUUGGUGCGUCAACGGCGUUACAUAACUAUAUACAUAGAAAUAUUGGCAAUCCUACAACUGUUAACCCCAUCUGCAACGAGGAAGAGGUUAUGACCAUAGUAAAUGGCAUACCGGAAGUUGCACAUGACGAGGAUGGUUUAAUGACUGGGGAUGAGAACCCCCAUAUCACAUUGGUGCAAGUUCGCAUACGGGACAAGUUAGUGUACAUGCGCAAUAACGAAAUGUUAGGAAACAUAUAG